GAUGCAAGUGCAUUGAUUAUCAUCGUCUCCUUGAAUAGCCAACUCUUUAAUAAGGCAAUCACAUAGUUUAUCGGAAUAGUUCAUCGUUGGCCUAGGCCUAGUGCACUACGUGUAAAAUGGAGCGCAAAAGUGUGUCAGAAAGUAUUGAAUUUUUUCAAAAAAUUCUACGGCAGUUCGAAAAUGACCCGAAGCUGGAAGUGACUAACUGCACUGAGGAAGCUGGGAGUAAUAUUGGAGAUAAUUAUAUGUCUGUCGUGAUCCGAACGAUUGUGGACGGAAAAUCUGGAAAUGGAAAAAACUACAAAAAAACUCUCUUAACAAAACAUUGUCCUCACUGGCGCCCAACAGCGAAAUUAGUUCGUAAUGCGGAAUUGUUUUUCAAUGAAGCUCAUGUGUACAAAAACGUACUUCCACACUUGAAACAUGUCGCUCCUCCAUGUAUUUACGCGAGUCCCGAUGAGAUUGUUUUGGAGGAUAUGAGAAUAGAUGGAUAUGUCGUACAACCAAGAAGCAAUCUUCUCGACAUGGAACAUUGUACAGCCGUCGUUCAGAAAUUGGCAUUUCUACAUGCAUCAUCUUUGGCCUUGAAGUUAAACAAUCCGUCCCUUUUCACCGAGCUGAUGAUGCCAUUAAAAGAAAUAGCUUUUCCUGAUGAUGACACACCAUCCUUGGGCAAAUCAAUUGAUCAGAGUAUCAGUCUCGCAGUAAAACAUCUAGAAUCACUCGAACAAUCUUCUGAACUGGCCGAUGCAAUCAAACUCUUUGAAUCUAAGGAAAAAGAUAUUUUCGACAUAAUGAAAAAUCUUGUUGUACCAGGGCGUGACAAAUAUAACUCGAUGAGUCAUGGCGAUUGUUGGAACAAUAAUAUUUUGUUCAAACACGAUGCUAAUGGCCACGUGUGUGACGUCAAGCUGAUCGAUUUCCAAAUAGUUCGUCACGCAUCGCCAGCAAUCGAUUUUCACUAUUUCACAUACUCGAGUGCUCAAUCGUACAUUAUUGAGAAACAUUACGAUGAACUUGUACAAAUUUACCAUCGACAUUUUGUCAAAACUUUGAAACAAAUGCAUGUCAAGGAAAUUGACAUACAAGCUCUGUCCUUGGCCUGGUUCAUAAAUGAGCUCAAAGAAUAUGCAGAGUACGGAUUGUUUACAGGUGCAUGGAUUAUCAAUGCAGUGCUAGCAGAAGAUGAGGAUCUCAUCAAUAUGGACGAUCUUGAUCCUGAUGACUUGAAAAGCAAACAUGAUGUUUUUCCGAUCAAAGCAAACAAAGCACAUAGGAUCAAGUGUAUUGUUCUCCACUAUAUGAGGACGUACUUGUAAAUAUACUCAUAAAACAAUCUUAUAGUAAUCUUGCCCAAGUCUGAUCACCUGUACUUUAGUUGACUACGUUUUUAUUUAACUAUGCAUCUUGUUGCCGACACUAGUACAAAGUAUUACAUUGCAGAUUUUGUACAUGUCUAAAAAAAAAAACUUUGCAUUAUGUUCUACUUUAAGAAUUGAGCAAGAAUGUUAAAGACAUGAGCGAGGCUUGCAACAGAUCUGCUCCAAAGGUGUCCUAUUAUACUAUCCCACUUCUGUUCCUUUCACUUUAUUUCUUCUAUUGGUUUAGGAUGUAGGAUCCUGGGGUAAGGUGACGGAGAUAGAACUCUAUUCGAAAAAUACAUCUCGGAUUGCAUGGGGUCCCAUAGGAAUCUCUAUAGAAAGAUGUGAAUAUAUAGUAGAAUCCGUAAGUAUUAAAAUAGGAGUGUGUGAAUUUGCCUAAGAAUCCAUGUAGGAAAUCAUUGGUAUCUGGAUUUCCAUAUAGAAAAUCUAUAUAGUAAACGGUGGGUACCUGGGAACCCAUGUAGGAACUUGAAUGCAUAGAUUUCGUAUGAAAAAUUCAUCGAGGAAUCUGAGUUUCUAUAUAAGUAUUUUGUAGAGAAUCAAGAGUAUCGGGAAUUCUAUAACUAUCGUCUAUUACUACGCAUAUAUAGACAAAAGGACCUAGUAAUAUUCUAUUGGCUGGAUACUUUCUAACAAAAAAAUUGAAACCCUUUAUUCAGUAUUUGUAAUAAAUUUUUGAUUUGUUAAUUAAUUCAAGUAGUAUUACAUCUCUAUAGAAAUUACAAACAAUUUUAAUAAAACACUUCGUUAAGAAUCGUACAAAGGCAUUGUACAUGAAAGCUCAUGUAUGAAUAACAUGACGUUCUAAGUUAAUUUUCCAAAUUCCUAAUCCAAACAAGAUUCCGAUUUUCAACAUGGUGCAGAUUCACAUGCUGGAUUUCUAUUGGAAACCGUGUGAUAAUCCAUCCGAAAUCGUCAAGUUAGAACCCACAGAGGCAUCUAGGCUGGAUUUCUAUAUAGAUGUUUUUGAUAGGGAAGUAAGACACAUAUCUCGGAAAAAAUCUUCAGACUUAACUACGCCUAUUCAUGUAUGACCACGCUUGAUGUCAGAUAUGAUCAUGCCUGCAUUCAGAUCAUCUCUGAAGCGUUAAAUACGUUCAUGCCUGAUCAUGCCUGGUCAGGCAAGAUCAUAUCUGAAGCGUUGAAUAUUUCAGCCCCGAUCAUACGUGGCUAUGUUUGACUAAGCAUGAACAGACGAGAUCAUUUCUGAAGCGUUAAAACACGUUCAGGUACGAUCAUGCAUGGUCAUUUUUUAUCCGGCCUGGAAGGUUAAGAACCCCCAUAUAGAAAGUGUAAUAUAAGACUUCUUGAGCAGAUUUGUCGCAAGUUAUGCGUUAGUCUGCAAGUAAUUUCUUGCACAAGACGUGCUUAAGAUACGCAUAAAUAACUUUACUAACACGUCUUGAGAAAAAAUUUUCUUUUGUAAAAUAUCAUAUGCAAAUCCUACAACAAUCUUGUCUUAGAAUCUUGCAUUAAUAUCUUGUAAAAUAUUGAUAGGUAUAUAAAAACGUAGACGCCUAGGAGUCUUCCGCAAGAGACUUUCAUAAAAAAAGUACAAGACUAUUACAAAACUGUCUUGUAUACUUCAACUUGGGCAAGUCCAUGUUGUAUUUAUCAAAAGAUUCUUGUGAUCGGUGUCUCGACCAGCAGCUUGUGAUGGGAAUUAUUACAUGAGUAUUGAAGUGGUUCAUUACUUUUUAAGAAAUAUUGUUUUUCGAUAGUAUUUAAAAUUGUUACGUUUGUAUUAUAAAAUGUAUAAAAAUAUUUGUUUCAA